UGAUAUUGUUUUAAUUUAAUAAAGCUCUUCAAAUGAUUCAUCGAUUAACAAAAUGUAAUAGAAAACGAGUUAAAAAUUGUAAAAAACAAUCAUCGUCUCUACGCUUUGGAAAUUAUGCAUCAUUAAUCUACUAUAUUGCAUUCAUUAAUCGUUUCAUGGGUUUUUUACCUUACAAACUCGAAUCGUCGAAAUUUAUGUACUCGAAAUUAUACUCCGUUUUCUCUACAAUCAUAAUUAUUAUUUAUUUAUUUUUCGCAAUUAUCUCCUUAUAUGAAAUUAAUUUUUAUAUCAUAAUAGAUGACGGGAUAUCUAAAAGGUUGCAUCGUAAUUCUAUUGCGUUAUUUGGUCCUGCAAUAUUCAUUUGUAGUUAUGUCUCAAAUCGAUCAACGAUUCAGGCGAUUCAACGUGUUCAGGAUGUUUCUCACGCAUUCUCUGCAGAAACUUUUAACAAAUUGAUCAAAACACUCCUUAUAAAAGAUAUAAUAUUCCUUGCCCCAUUAGGAUUUUUUAUACCGUAUAUGAUAAUCAAACAUGAUUUUCAAGUUUUUCUUUGUAUUUGUUGGUAUUCAUUUUUUGGACUUCUUAUAAUAAGCAUUUUAUACGUGAACAAUGUGUACAUAUUAAAUGCCUGUUUCAAAUUUAUAAAUAAUUCUUUAAUAAAGAUUAAAAACAUUCUAAUCAACGAUGAGCCUCAUCUUCUCAGAAGAGAGUAUCAUAUGAAAAAAAAUCCCAUUUUGCUUAUGGAAUUGAGGAUUCUUAAGAAACAAUAUACGGAAUUGAUAGAAGCGGUUCAGUUAUUAAAUCAUUCAUACAGUUUGAAAAAUGAAAUGAUAUUAUUGAUGUUAUUCUUCGAUAUUACGUUCAACUUAUACUUUUAUCUAAUAUUAUACAAUACAGAAGUAGGCAAGUUCACAAAGAUAGACAUUACUCUUGGAUUUGCGAUUUUCUAUACCGUAUAUAUUGUUACUUCUUUUUUAAUCAUUGAAAUUAUUAGAGUCCAAAUGAAAAAAAUUGGCUCAAAUAUUCAUAAAAUUCUCGUACAUACCUUUGACGAUCAAAUUAUGGCGGAGUUGGAGUUAUUUUCCUUAGAAGUGCUGCAAAAAGACAAUACAUUUAUAAUGUUGGGACUUGAAAUAGACUUGACUCUUGUGACGAAGGUAAGUAAAAUGAAAAGGUAAGUAAAAUGAAAAAUUUAUCGAGGAUGAUCAAUUUUUUUUUUUUUAUCAAUUCUAUUUUAUU